UACAUUCACUUGUUUCUGUCACUUUAUAUCUUAAUAUAUUCCGUUUUUGUUAUUAAAAUGGCCGACGGAUCCACAGCUGCUGAAAUCUUCGAGAAGUCAGCCGUAGGUUACACCUACGACGACUUGAUUCUCCUUCCGGGCUACAUUUCCGGUUCGUGCAAUGAUGUCGACGUGAGCAGUAGAUUAACCAGGACGUUGCGCCUCAACACCCCGGUAGUCUCCUCGCCCAUGGACACUGUCACUGAAGCCAAGAUGGCUAUUGAAAUAGCGCUCCAAGGUGGUAUUGGUAUCAUCCAUAACAACCUGACCAUGGAGGAAUCUGUGGAAGAAGUGCGCAAGGUAAAACGUUAUGAGAACGGUUUUAUAGUGGACCCUUAUACCUUAACUCCUAACCAUACCGUGGAGGACUGGAUGGCUAUCCGUGACAAGUAUGGAUACCGUUCAAUUCCCAUUACCACAGACGGCCGUUGCGGCUCGAAGCUGGAGGGUAUUGUAACCAGUGGCGACGUCUGCUUUGUGCAGGACAAAUGCACCAAGAUUGAAGAGAUCAUGACCCGCGACCCUAUAGUAGGCCACCAUCCACUGACACUCCAGGACGCCAACAAUAUACUAUACAAGUCCCGUAAGGGCAUCCUGCCUAUAGUAAAUGCAUCCGGGGAGCUAGUAUCCAUUGUUUCACGUAGUGAUAUCAAGCGAAACCGUCGUUUCCCCAAAGCAUCUCACAACGAAAACAUGCAGCUUCUUGUUGGUGUUGCCAUCUCUACCCAACCUGGCUCCAUUGAGAAAGCCAAGAAACUCAUGGAUGCCGGUGCUGACGUCUUGGUUAUUGACUCCAGCCAGGGUAACAGUGUAUACCAAAUCGAUUUGAUCAAGCAGUUACGGCAGUCAUACCCCAAUGUCCAGAUCAUUGGUGGUAACGUGGUGACAGGCUCCCAGGCAAAGAACUUGAUUGACGCUGGUGUUGAUGCCCUUCGUGUUGGUAUGGGUAGCGGCUCCAUAUGCUCCACCCAGGGUGUCGUUGGUGUAGGUAGGCCCCAGGCAACCGCGGUUUACCACGUGGCCAAAUACGCAAAUGAAUAUGGCAACGGGUGCCCAAUCAUUGCCGAUGGUGGUAUUCGUAGUUCAGGCGACAUAAUGAAGGCCCUGGCUCUCGGAGCCAGCUGCUGUAUGCUUGGUGGUGCCAUUGCAGGUACCAACGAGAGCCCUGGUGACUUCUUCUACCAUAACGGUAUCAGGGUCAAGCAGUACCGUGGUAUGGGUAGUAAGGCUGCCUUUAUGACGGCACGUACAAAGGCAGCUGACAGCGGCAGCCUCCGCCGUUACCACAUGGAAGAGGACCAGCCAAUGGUAUCCCAGGGUGUUGCCGGAUACACUGCCGACAAGGGCAGUAUACACGUCUUGAUACCUACCAUGAUGCAGGCUGUGAAGCACGGUAUGCAGAAUAUUGGCUGCAAUGAUAUAAAGUCACUCCACAGUGGCCUGUACAACGGAGAUGUUCGUUUCCAGAUUAGGUCGUACAACGCCUUGGUUGAGGGCAAUGUGUCCACUAAGUUGAUGAUGAUAAACCAAUCCUGAUUGAUAUACAUACUAUCUACAUAUAAAUAACAAUGUCUUAGCAACAGUUCCGAUAAUAUGGACAUACAACAUCUUAAUAUACUCUAUCA